AUGGUAUUCUACGGCCACUUCUUCCUCACCAUAGAUCGAAAUAUAUUGGUCUCGACUAUGCUCUAUAUGGCCUGUAUCAUGUACAGCUAUUUGUACUUGAAAGCAACCACUAAGCCGUACGGAAUUCAAAUGUCACUUUUCGCCCUGGUGGUGAGCUUCCUUGCCGGCCUCAUGGUGUGGCCGACGGCGGGCUGGUGGUCGUCCGACUGCAAAACGGCAGCGCUCAGAGAUCCGCUUCUGUUCGAAUUGCUGCCAUUCUACAUUGGCAUCUCGACUAUGAUUGUCUGUUGGCUCACCAACGUCCUGAAAGGGGGAACGAGAGUAACCCAACAAGCCAACCCGAGCCUUCCUGUCGCCAUCCCCAAUUAUCAACCCCAGGGAACCUUUCAGAGCUUUGGACGAGACACCGCCUCCUAG